AUGCGAAGAACGUGUCGACAAACUGAACUGAUAAGGGGAGCGGAACGUAAGAUACGAGGAACAAGAAGAUUAACCAAAGCAACUCGAGUGAGAAAUUCACAUGCGGUACACCGCAAAGCAGCAUGCCGUGAAGUUUCACCGGAAAUUCGAAGCGUUCGAGAAGGGAGAAUUCGCCUUGGUAGUGUUGCUCCGUUGCUAUCACGUCGAGCUAAAACUCUUGCUAUGAAUGGCUAUUACAAUUAUUACUCAGAUGACGAGGAAGACGAUGUAUCGGAUAACAGUGAUGAGGACAAUUUUACGGAAGAUGAAUAUGAUGAUGAUGGUGACCAUGAUCAUGAUGAUGAUAAUGAUGAACUUUACGACAAUGAUCAUCAUCAUCAUCAUCGAUCAUGUGAUCGUCAUCGUACUCCCAUUCAUGUCAAAAAACAUUAUGAAGAGUACGAAGAUGAACUAUUUCCACCACCAUCAUCAUCAUCAUCAUCAUAUCCGAUCUCUGCUUCGCAACUUCUUCGUACACGACGUCAGCCAAAGUCAUACAGAACACAUAAAUCCGCCAUCAAAACCUCAGUUGCAACUAAAUCUGCUCCAACUAAAGCAGUCUCGGGCGUUAAGCUCAAGAAAAGCACUGCUCGACGUAAUCCCAAAAAUAAAAAUAAAAAAGUAAAAGCAGCAUUUAGAGCGUCACGAUCUGGUCCAAUAACACGAUCACGCGGAAGAGCUCCGAUGAAUAAUGGUUAA